AUAAAUAUUUAAAAAAUAACUGAGAAGAAAAUAAAUAACAAUUAAAAAGAGAUGGCAAGCAAUUAAUAACAAAAAGAAGAUCCAAAGGAAUAGCAAUAGUAAUAUAAGACAUUUAUGGGAGCUAGAGUUUUAUGGCCUCCUGAGUGUGCCGAUGAUAUUUUAGAAGGUGCCAUUAGAGAAACAUAGGAUGCAUUAAAAAAAUUUGAAAUUGCGAGAGAAGGAUAAAAGAUUGCAGAGCACCUGAAAAAAUAUAUGGAUGAUCAUUUCGAUCCCUACUGGCACGUAUUCUUUGGAAAGAAUUUCGGAUGCUAGGCUGUUCAUAAUAAGAACCGUUUCAUCUAUUUUUACAUAGAGAAAACAGCUUUUUUGAUGUACUAAACCUAAUGA